GUCUCAGGGCAAACAGCUCUACUAAUCACACACUAUUCGCUCAUUCGAUCAUUUGCGCCAAGUGAUACCCACGCAGAAAGAGACAGUUGAGAAAACCCCGCUAAUCGAGCGUGUUGAGCUGACACGAGAGCCCCAGUGGCCUUGAGCUCGUGACCAACCCCAACAUUUGUGAGGGAUCAGCACCCGCAAUGAGCGGGCAAAGCGGGGCGAUUGCGGAAGCUGCGAAGGCAUCUCUGAAGGACGCUGCCAAGUUUCUGUUCUUCAAUGAGCAGGGGACAGUGCUGGCGUCUAACUUCACCGUGGAGCCAGCAGAGCUGAAACCUCUGCAGGCACUCUUUAAUGACCGCGACGACGCCAUUAAGCAUGGCAUAAUCGUCCUAGGGACUCGCUACGAGGUGCACCGCCACCACCCCCCGCUGGUUUACGGCCGCCAGAUGGGCGGCGUGCCGGAAGAGAGCGAGGGCUGUGCCGUGUGCAAGGUGGACACGGGGCUAGGCGGCCAGCCCUGCUACGGCCUUAUCACGUACCAGAUGCCCAACAUUUCGGCGCGCAUGGUGCCUCUGCUACAGAAGUUCUGCCAGGAGAACCUUGAAGCCUAAUGUGAUGCCCGAUACCGGCAUGGCGUGAUGCUAGCAUGGCCCCGGAUGUGGGCGUGGGAAUGGAUGCAUGCUUCAGGUGACGAGGCCCAACACCGGUUGAGAGUUUGACAGGCCGUGAUUGAACAGACAAUGGCUGAUAUGCAUUAGUGCAAGUGGGGCGAGGGAGCACAUGCUGGUACUUAAGGACAAGUCGUUGGGUCGCACGGCACGGUCUCAAGACGCUUCAGUAGGCUCAAGCGUUCGGUGGGGCGGUUCAUGUGGGUCCUGUGAACUGCAUGGGUGCGCGUUCUACUCAUCAGGAGUGCUUGAUUAAAGCUCAUGAAAGCUUCUGUACAUAGUGCUGUUAUAAAAGGAACUGCGGAACGGAAGGUUACGCGUCUGGGGGCGCAUUGCCCGGUUCACCGGUUGCCUCUUCUGUAGGCGAUAUCUGCUUGACACGGACCAGUUCACC